AUGGCCUCCAAUUCUCAACAGUUCAGCGCCAGGAAUGAUGUUAUUGUACUCAGGGGAAUUAACGAUGCAACUACUGAUUCUUCUUCAUCUGCAAAUAGGAAGCUUGAGGGGAAGCUUGAUACCUUGGUCAGUUUAGUCACUCAACUUUCCAUGAACCAGAAAUCUUCAUCUUCAUCUACAUCUGUGGCAAGGGUUUGCGGCAUUUUCACGUCAAACGACCAUCAUACAGAUUCGUGUCCAUCAUUACAGCAACCUUCUGAUGUUCAUGCUGCUCAAGCCUAUGCUGCAAAUAUCUACAAUAACAGACUAGCGCAGCAACAACAACAAAAUUUUGAUCUGUCCUCCAAUAGAUACAAACCUGGUUGGAGGAAUCAUCCUAACUUGAGGUGGGGAAACUCUCAGCAGCAGCAAAAUCAGAUUGACAUACCCAUUACAGUACCUCCACCUCCAUCAGCAACUACACCAGUACCAGUUCCAACAUCUGCACCAGAACAAAAUGAUGAACCAUUUGGUGCCCAAAAUUUUCAUGCAGGUGAACCUUCUUCCAGCACCAAUUCUGAUUUGCAGCAGCCUCCUAUCCCUCUUCCAUUUCCUCCUAAAUUGAUUCCAAGAAAAAAAAUGGAAGAGGUGGAUAAGGAUAUAUUGGAGACCUUUAGAAAGGUGGAGGUGAACAUACCUCUGCUUGAUGCCAUAAAGAAAAUCCCGAGAUAUGUAAAAUUCUUGAAGGAGUUGUGCACUCAUAAGAGGAAAAUGAAGGGAAAUGAGAGAAUUAGCAUGGGCAGAAAUGUGUCUGCUUUGAUAGGUAAAUCUGUUCCGCACAUUCUUGAAAAAUGUAAGGACUCAGGUUUCAUUGAGGAUGUCUUAGUUCGGGUCGGUGAACUGAUUUUUCCUGCUAAUUUCUAUGUGCUUGAUAUGGAGGAGGGAUUCUCCGAUGGAUCUGAGGAGGGAUUCUCUCAUGGUUCCGCCCCAAUCAUUUUGUGUAGACCAUUUUUGAAAAUAGCCCAAAAUAAGAUUGAUGUGUAUGCUGGUACAUUGUCCAUGGAAUUUGGUGAUAGUAUUCUCCAUUUUAAUAUUCUUGAUGCCAUGAAACAUCCAUCUGAAGACCAUUCUGUUUUUCGUGCUGAGAUACAUGAUGAUGUUGUUGAUGAGUAUGCUUCUGAUUUUUAUUCUUUGCAUGAUAAGAAACAUUGUUUUCUAUCUGAUCUAUAUAAUUCUCUUGCAUGCACUGAAUCUGCUUCUGAGUUUGAUUUUGAAUCUGUUUCUGUAUCUGAUUUUGAUUCCUGCUCCAAAAAUAAAUCUGAUUUUGUAUCUGAUGUUUUGGGUGCU